CCUAGAAGUAGAUUAAAACUUUGUCAUAUAUCAGAAUCCAUUAUGAGAAUUUUAUUCUAGGGCUAUAAAACUGACUUGAAUUUUGAUCUGUUUGGAGUAAAUUGAACAGAGAGUGCUUUGUAUGCAAUUUUAAGUAAUAAUUAUGUUCAGGCAUACACUUUUGGGCAAAACAUGUAAAAUAUGGCAAAGUUAUGAAUGGGAUUCCUAAAGAUAGUGCGAGCUUGAGGAAAAUUUUGUUUAUAACCCAAAAAUGUAUGCCUAACAAAUGGAAAGAAAGUUUUAAACGACUGGAUGUUCAAAAUAAAUGCCCAUGUGUUUCUUGUGAUGAAUAUGUGAUGGCUGACCUUGUUGCAUCUCUGAGAGACUUUUCAAGCCAUGGACAUUUGGGUAAAGCAUUCAAAACGUUUUCUCUUAUACGUCUUCAUGCUUCCUCUAGAGAUAACUAUUUUGAUAUUUUACUUUCUAUUUCUUCUCUUGUAUUAUGUUGUAACAAGGUUAAAGCAUUAAGGCAGGGUAAACAACUUCACGGUUUUGUAAUCUCAUUGGGGUUAGAACAGCAUCCGAUUUUGGUUCCAAAGAUGGUUACUUUUUACUCGACGUUUAAUUUACUUAUAGAUGCUCAUGUUGUUGUUGACCAUUCAAGUAUUUUGCAUCCUUUACCUUGGAAUAUGCUUAUAGCUUUGUAUGUUAGAAAUGGUUUGUUUGUGGAAGCGUUGAGUGCUUAUAAACAAAUGGGAAGCAGGGGUGUUAGAGCUGAUAGAUUUACAUACCCAUCUGUUCUCAAGGCUUGUGGUGAAACAAUGGACUUAGGAUUCGGCAGGGAGGUCCACAGGUCUAUUAAUUCUUGUCAUGAACAGAGUUUGUUUGUGCAUAAUUCAUUGGUUUCCAUGUAUGGGAAAUUUGGUGAAUUGGGGGUUGCACGCCAGUUAUUUAAUGAAAUGCCAGAGAGGGAUGUUGUUUCUUGGAAUACCAUAAUCUCUUGUUAUGCUUCUAAAGGCAUGUGGGAGGAGGCUUUUGAGCUGUUUGAGAAAAUGCAAGAGGAGGGUGUUGAGCUGAAUAUUAUAACUUGGAAUACUAUAGCUGGAGGCUGUUUGCAGACACGCAAUUUCAAAGGAGCUCUUGAGUUGCUCUCCCAGAUGAGAACUCGUGGUGCUCAUUUGGACUCAGUUGCCAUGAUUAUUGGCUUAGGAGCUUGUUCCCACAUUGGUGGCAUUAAAUUGGGUAAAGAGAUUCAUGGUUCUGCUAUUCGUUGUGAUUGCAAUGAGUUUGAUAAUUUUAGAAAUGCAUUGAUUACCAUGUAUUCAAGGUGCAGUGACUUUAGGCAUGCCUAUACUGUAUUUCAGUUGAUAGAAGCAAAAAGUAUUAUUACUUGGAACUCCUUGCUUUCUGGUUACACUCACAUGGACAGAUCUGAGGAAGCUUCCUUCCUAUUUAGAGAGAUGUUGUUUUCUGGGAUUGAACCAAAUUAUGUGACGAUUGCAAGCAUUCUUCCUCUUUGUGCUAGAGUUGCUAAUCUACAACAUGGUAAGGAGUUUCAUUCCUACCUUAUGAGGCGUGAAAUCUUUAAGGACUAUCUGUUACUAUGGAAUUCUCUUGUGGACAUGUAUGCAAGAUCUGGAAAAGUCGUGGAAGCUAAAAGAGUAUUUGAUUUGAUGUGCACACGGGAUGAAGUGACUUAUACUUCCUUGAUUGCUGGAUAUGGGAUUCAAGGAGAGGGGCAAGUUGCACUAAAACUAUUUGAAGAGAUGAACAAGCUUCAAAUCAAACCGGACCAUGUUACCAUGGUUGCAGUUCUAUCAGCUUGUAGCCAUUCAGGUUUAGUAGUUGAAGGUCAAAGGUUGUUUGAAAAGAUGUUGACCAUUUAUGGUAUAUCACCUCGUCUAGAGCACUUUGCUUGUAUGGUUGAUCUCUUUGGGAGAGCUGGUUUGUUGAAUAAGGCAAAAGAGAUCAUCUCAAAAAUGCCUUACAAACCUACCCCUGCAAUGUGGGCUACUCUAUUAGGAGCUUGUCGUAUACAUGGAAAUACGAAUAUUGGAGAAUGGGCAGCUGAGAAAUUGUUAGAAACGAGAACGGAAAAUUCAGGUUAUUAUGUAUUGAUUGCUAAUAUGUAUGCUGCUGCUGGUAGUUGGAACAAGCUUGCAAAAGUGAGGACUUUCAUGAGGGACUUGGGUGUGAGGAAAGCUCCAGGCUGUGCUUGGGUUGAUGUGGGCUCUGGUUUUUCUUCCUUUUUGGUGGGGGAUACAUCAAACCUCAAGGCAAAAGAGAUUUAUCCUUUAUUAGAUGGUCUGACUGAGCUAAUGAAAGAUGUUGGAUAUUCUAGAGAAGAACUUACUUCUGAUGAUGAACUUAUUGAAGGAAUAGGAUGAAAGUGGAUAUUUCAAUUCCAAAAUUCUUGUUCUUUAGCAUUAUGAGUUGUAGGAUUCUCUGGAUCAACAAUUCAAUAACCUUGUUUAUACAUAGUUGAUGUCACAUAUUCUUGUGGAGCCAAAGUGAAUUAUUUGGCACGAAGAAUGCAUGUUGACAGAUACCUUAGCACUCAUCAGUGGUAUAUCUUGGCACUUAGUGGGUGUUCAUUGUUGUUUCAACUUUGGACAAAUGUUGUGUUGAUGGAUCCUUGGUGGAAACCAGCUGUGAAGUGACAGGCUCCGGAAAGAAUCAAUCAAAGAUGCCAGUAUAAGCCAAUCAGAUGAGCUUUUUACUUACUGCAGGAUCUCUGAAAACAUGAGCCACAUUUCUUUUUUCUAACAUUGUCAUAUUCAUUUGUAGUGAUCUGGGAUUUGUUGGUCGUAAAGUUGGUCCUUAUGGUUUCCUUACAUUCUCACCGACGUUUGACAUAAACGUAUACAUUUGUUUCAUUGGUGAACACUUAAAAAAUGGCUAUGAUAGCGCUUUUAGUAUA